GUUGAUAUGUGUCAACUUCAAACUUCAAUGGAAUGUUCGUGUUUUUGUAAUUUUCAAUUUUCAAUUUCAAAUACUUGAGAAAUCAGAAAAUAAUGGAUCAAGACGAAAAUCCUUCGCACGAAAAUGAUCAGGAUCAACCAAAAAGCGAAAACGUGUUUAAAAAGCCGGUUUUGAUAGGAAAGAUCGGCAAACUUCCGAAAAAGUUACCUGCACAAAAGGUAAUCGAAAGCCCAUUAACAGCGGAAGAAAAUAUCCCUGUAAGUACCGAGCAAGCAGAGCCCACUCAGAUCGAGGAUUCCAAACUUACUAAAGGCCCCACGUUCACUCCAGCCCAACAAGCAACAGACCAUUCAGUACCAUUACCCUACAAAGAGCCCCCUUGGUCCGGAUUACCAAAGAGCAACGGGAAAGACUAUAUUUUUGAAGUUUUGAAAAAUGGUACAAUUAUCGAGACAAUUAACUUAAUGGAUAAGCCGUUUUGGGUAUUCGGCCGGCUAACCAGCUGCAAUGUUAAUUUGCAACAUCCUACUAUCUCUAGGUACCACGCCGUCCUGCAAUAUAGAAAAGAGGCUUCCGAGAAGGACGGACCGGGGUUUUACAUCUACGAUUUGGAUAGCACGCAUGGUACAUAUUUAAACAGAAGCAAACUUAAACCUAAAGUACAUGUUAGAAUGAGAGUUGGCCACAUGUUGAAAUUGGGAUUCAGUACCCGAUCGUUUAUACUAAAUGGUCCGGAAUACGAUGAAGAAGAAGAAUCUGAGUUGACUGUGACCGAGUUAAAACAGAAGAGAGAUGAAGAUCUGAGAAAGCGACAGGAAGAGAAACUGAGAAUUGAGAAGGAACUCGAGGAGAAAAAGAAGAAAGAGGAAGAAAGGGGAGUCGAUUGGGGAUUAGGUGAAGAUGCAGAAGAAGAGACUGAUUUAUCGGAAAAUCCUUACGCCCAAACUAACAAUGAAGAAUUGUAUUUGGAUGAUCCUAAAAAGGCACUGAGAGGGUUCUUCGAAAGAGAGGGAUUGGAUCUUGAAUACAAUUGCAACGAGCAAGGUAUCGGACAAUUCCUUUGUAGAGUCGAAUUACCAGUAGAUGACGAAAUGGGAAGGCCUAUUGUAGCCGAAGUUCUUCACAAAGGGAAGAAGAAAGAGGCAGUUGUACAAUGCGCUUUGGAAGCUUGCAGGAUUUUAGAUAGGUACGGAGUCCUUCGUCAGGCCACUCACGAAUCUCGCAAGAGGAAAGCGAAAAAUUGGGAAGAAAACGAUUAUUAUGACAGCGACGAAGACACGUUUUUGGAUAGAACCGGAACCAUCGAGAAAAAGCGAGAGAAAAGGAUGAAUGCCAAAGCUCCACAAAAAGCAGAAACGUACGAAAGUUUGAUGGAAAAAGCCAAAUCAAUUUCCACCAAAAUCACUGAACUCGAAAAGCAACUAUCGUCGCUCCAAUCAAAGCAAGAUCGAAACGAUAAAGGCAACGCCGAUGAGGAUUCGUUAGACGCGUACAUGAAAAGCCUAUCCGAAUCGAAAUCGGACAAAACCGCUUUAUCCGCGUUGAAAUUAGAAAUAUCCCAACUUCGAGCUGAACACUCGAAAGUCGUUAGAUUAGUCAACAUCGCCAAACCGGCGACGAUGCCGGCGCUACUCUCGUACGAAGACUCCCUGCCCGGUACGAGCAAAGACGCCAAAGCCAAGGCUUUUCCGAUAUUCGGCAAACGGAAAAAGAUCGAAGUGAAAUUCGAAGAUAAAUCGAAGAACGUCGUGCAUUCUAACGACGCGGACGACGAGGCGGACGAAGAAGUAACCACAACCGAAACGACGGUUGGCAAUGAUUCGAACGAGACUGAAGAGAACCGAGAUAAUAACGAGGAUGUUCGAACUACGAGCAGUAACGCUUCCGAGGAAAAUUUACCGGGCACCAGUCGCGAGGGUUUAGAGGAUUCCUCGUCGUCUUCUUCCGUUGUAUCCGAUGAGGACGAUGCUCGAAAUUCCAGUUCGUAUAGUGGUUUACGUUUCAUUGAAUAUUUGAAAAAAUUUGAAAACUUGUUGACAGCGUCGGUUCCGUUUUCCAGUAUGCAGCAGGGACAAAGCGCGCAGGAGACCGAAUUGUACGCGAUGGUGCAGGAGAAAUGGCAAAAAAUACUGCACGAUUUCAAGAAACUGGCCAGCAGUCAGGAUCGCAUGGACGUCGAUUGGAAAAUUUUGUUCGCCAAAAAGAAGAAAGUGUUCAAAUUGAUCGCCGACAUGAAACGAGCCGGGCCCGAUGAGAAAACGAAACACCGAGUGUCUUCGGAACUGACUAGAUUCCUCUUGGAAAUCAGCUCGAUGACCAAAGAAAAGUGCAGGGCCGUAGAGAAAGUGAAGAAAAUUGCCAAAGAAAUGAAGAUUAUAUCCGAGACUAUCGUUAAGGAUUUUAUCGAUAGUGAAGAAACUCCCGUCGAAAAAGAUAGCAAUAAAAUGGAAGCAGAAGAAGAAGAAGAAGCUAAAUGCAGUCAAGUUUCUUCCUCGAAUGCUCCAGUAAACGAUUCUAGCCCGCCUAAUGACGCAUCCAAUUCACCUGAUAGUAGUUUGAAUGCGUUAGAGGAGCAAUGCGAGAGCGCGGAAAAUGGUAAUAACGAUGAAAAGAAGAAGAAAAAGAACCAGAGAAGAACGCAACAAAGGCAAGAGAAGAUAGAACAAGAACGUCAAAGGGGGUACGAGGAAGAUGCAUAUCGCGAAAAUUAUUGCAUGUGGGUACCCCCCGAUGACCAAUCGGGAGACGGAAAGACUAAUUUGAACGAUAAAUUCGGUUAUUAAUUUUAUUUUGUUCGAUUAUCACUCGCUUAUAGACUAGUUUACUAGUUCUCGUUGAAUUAGAGAAUCAAUCUUUGAGUUAGCGAUAAAGCAUUUUCCUAUCGUUUAGUUUAGACGAUGCACUGGAUAAUCGUUUACUUUUGUAUUUACUGUUUGUUUUAGGCAUCUUUUAAUCAAUGUUUUAUAGAGUUACGCUGUGAAAUGAAUAGAUUUAAUAGAAAAAUCUUCCAGUUUUGUAGUUUGCAAAAAAAAAAACAGGAAAAUGUUUAAUAAAAAUUGUUUAUUGAAAUACAUUUCAAAUAGUUUGUACGAAAAAUACAUUCCGACCUUACACAGCCUACAAAACCCACGAUUAUAAUAUUUUGUACUUUUACCUACAACUCCACUGAUCUACACUAUCACAUAAAUUAACGUUACAUCUAAUACAGUCGAUUGAAAACAGUUAUCACCGAAUAUAUCCUGCGUAUUUCCACAGGUAAUUUUUAUUCUAUACGACAUACAUACGAGGGUAAGGUGAAAAGUUCUCGGUCUACAUGAAGCCUUCCAUAUUCUCAUUUCCGGGAAGGUACAGGAUGCCAGACCAAGUGUAUUGAAGUCGGGGAAAAUAAUAUAAUUUAACUGAAAAUCAGGCCGAAAACUUUUUCCCUUACCCUCGUGAUAUUUUUAAAAUUUAAACAUCAUAAAUGGAGAAACUAAUUAUAAAAUACAAUAAGUUAUUAAGUAAUAUUACCAAGAGCAUAUAUCAAAUUUAAUUCAGUUCUAAAUUUAAUUUUAAUUAAAAAUGUUUUCUAUGUACGAAAUUAUCUAGUUUCUAGAACUAUAGGAAAAUAUUGUUUUAUUUCAAUAGCACUAAAUGGAUGCCCAUGUGUAGCUAUAAGACAAACUUGCUUCCAAUAGUAAUACGCAUUUUGAUUUUUUAAUAGAAUUUCCAUCCCUAAAACGAAGCCCUUUUCACCCUUACAUAACUUAUCCUCUAUCUUUAAACAACAUGGUCGUGGGACCUUUGGGAGACAGCAAAAAUUCAAAUUGCAACUCCAUGGGUUCGACCGUCUCUAUCUCAAAGUUUCUCACGGUACUUUCCAGUAUAAUCGGCAACACGUGCUCUAUGAACCUCUUCCCGGGGCAAAUUCUCCUCCCCACGCCGAACGGGCUCACCAAGAACGUAGCGUUGCUGGUAGUAGCGGAUUUCUCUUCGCCCAGCCACCGUUCCGGCCGGAAUUCCCCGGCGUCGCGGAAAUAUUUGUCAUUUUUGCACGCUAUUCCCGUGUGGCAAAUCACAGCGCUGCCGGCGCUGACUUUGUACCCCGACAGCUCCAGAUCCUCUUCCGUCACCCUCGCCAGGCAAUAGGCAGUCGGGAGGAGCCGGAAGGAUUCCAGCACGCACGCUUUCAAGUACGAUUUCGACGAAUCCUCCAGGAUCUUCUCCUGCGUUGAUGGGUGCAUGGCUAUUAGGUAGAGCAAAAACACCAGGCUGUUCUUCAAGGUGUA